AGAAAUAAUUCGCUGCGUAUGUGGAAAAUCCUUCAAAGUUAUUGAAAUAGUAAAAAAUUAUAAUAAUCAAGUUUGAGAAAUCCUUCAUAAUUACGUUACAUUCUAUACGAGAGCAUAUUAUAUGUGUUUAUUAAAUUUGUGAAAAUUCGCAACACCGUCAGAGCAAAGCACGCGUUCUCCACAUUGCAGAAAUAGGUUAUCUCUCUGUGCUGCGUUUCACUUCACACUUUCAUCCUGCCAGACAACUGGUUUUUGCUUAGCUUGUGGAUUAGCGAAAAGGAAAAAAAUAUCGUUAUUUGUUGUAAAUCGAGAUUAUUUUUCAAUGUUUGUUACUGCGUGGGUGAAAGGACAGAAAUCAAGGUCGACGUACUGUGUUAGUGAUAUGAAAUCGACACUGUCCUUUAAAAAGAGCGACCUUUAAAUCCGACGCGUCAACGUGAUAAGAAGACAGAUUUGUUAGUGUAUACGCGGGAAUACAUUGUAAACAAAAAGAAAAAGGAUGACAUUGUGCUUAGGACAAAUUCAAAUUAUUGCGAAUAACGUGCAAUAUAUUUCUUCGCGAGUGAUGUUUAGGUUAUCUCAUCAGGUGUUCAUUGAAAUUGGAACACGAUGAAGUACUGUAGAUAGUUUCCGUAAUAAACUGUCCAAUUUCACGUUCGCUUAUUAUUUAACGAACCUUUUUGUGAAUUUAUUCAGACAUUAAUUAAUACGUUCGUUAUGAUGAAAGCGGUGCGCACUUGAAUCAGGUUAAGUUACUAUAACGCGUUGCCCGCAUUGUUACGACAAGAUUAUUGCUCAAAUUCGUGAAAAGAAAUUGUAAAUGAACAAUUGUCUAUUUUAUUUCAGCCACAUUGUUAAAUAAAAAAUUUAUUCUGUUAAGAAAAAACAUUGAAAUGCAGUCUAUGCUUGGACAUAAAGAGGAACCAAAAUACAGUGAAAUGAAUUUUUGCACAUUAUGAAACUGAAAAAAAGUAAUAUAAUUUAAUCAUAAGAAGAAAUCAUGACAACUAGAGCGUAACAAAUGUUAAACUGUGAUGUGGUGUAUUUUAAAUAUAGUGUUUGUGCCAUUCCUUUCAUAUACAAGACAUUGGCAACAGUUAAUGUUUCACGAACAUCCUUAUGAGAAUUAUAGAAAUUUAGGACCACCUUAAAAACAAAUCAUCUUUUUGUUAAAAUUUGUAUGAAAAAUUCUGGAAAUAUUUACUCCGAUCAUGACAGAAAUUACUAUUCAAGAUCUACAGAAGCUUCUUAUAUACUUCUCAAAAAACACUUAUAGAGCAAAGGAUGCAGAUAGCACGAGUCAAGCAGUCAUGCAAAGAUGUCUGCUCCUCACUGACUUAGAUUAUACUCACUCUAUAAUAAAUAAUAAUGGAGGUGAUCUCAGUGCACACUAUCCUAGCCACCUUAUCAUUUUAGAAUAUGAGAAGUAUAGAAAUCCAAAUAUGUGUGAUACACCACCACCACUGCCGCGCACAACAGAGACUAUAUAUGAAAGCAUGUAUGACCCUAAUAAACUGAAGGAAUUGAUAAAAAGUGCUAGAUUUGCUAGGUGUCGUUCAAGAUUUCCACUGCCAGUAAUAUUAUAUAAGGGUAGACAUGUGUGCAGAUCAGCUACUCUAUCUGGAGGACCAGAAAUUUAUGGUAGAUCUGGACUAGAUUAUUUAUUUGCCGGUAGUGAAGGAAUAGUUUCGAUUCAACAAGUAGACGAAGCUCGCGGGGGUGAUUCUGUACUUAGCGACUGGCAAUUGUUUGAUAAAGUUAGACACCAAGACAUCAAGCUUCUGAAAACACUUAAUGUAGGAACAAUAAUUGACUUUAUGGUUGAGAAGAAGAAGGUCAAAUUUGGAAUGAACGUGACAUCCUCGGAGAAAGUAGACAAAGAGAAGAGGUACUCCGACUUCACCCUAAUUUCACUGCCAUAUCCUGGAUGUGAAUUCUUUAGGGAGUUUAGAGAAAAUGACUACCUAGCUAAAGGUUUGGUAUUCGAUUGGUCUCAGACUCACGUCGAUGCACAGAUUGGUGUGCCAGAAGAUUCAAUUUCUACUCAGUUACGAAUCAAUUGGGAUCAAUAUCAAGUCUGGGAUCUAGUCAAACUUACUCAAAAUUAUUUAAAACUCAUAUUGAGAUAUUUGAAUGAUAGUAGUAGCGGGAUACUGAUACAUUGUAUCUCAGGUUGGGAUCGCACACCGCUGUUUAUUUCAUUAUUGAGGAUCAGUUUAUGGGCUGAUGGUGCAAUUCAUACUUCAUUAAAUGCCUAUCAAAUUCUUUACUACACGAUAGCAUACGACUGGAUGCUGUUCGGUCAUGAUUUGGAGGACAGACUAAGCAAAGGAGAAGAAAUAUUUUUUUUCUGCUUUUACUUUCUAAAGCAUAUUCAUGAUGACGAAUUUAGCAUCCAUCCACGACAUAACAGAACUAGGCAUGCGGUUCUACGAAACGACAGUGACUCGCAAUUAGACAAUGUAAUGUUUGAUAGUGAAUCGGUAGUAACUUUGAGUUCGGUCAGUUCCAACUUGAGCCUGAAUAGUUGGUGUAGUUCCGUUAGUCAAAAUAGUAGGGAUAGUCAAGAUAAUAAUCCACCAACUGUGUUUCACUGUGCUUCCACAGAGAGUCAAGAUGACUCUCAUAGUAAUGGAAAUGUUGUACCAUGGUCGUUCUAUCCUUCUCCGAAUAAAGAAGGUAUAGCUCAUGGAUCACGAUCACCUUUGCCUCCUAAUCGGACUUCCCCUGUCGCGGUUCCUGUACCCGGACGUCUGCGGCAACGAAACGAAUCCUCAUCAUCUGGCGGUUCUUGGCAGAUGAUAUCGGGAACCGGAAGCUUACGCGGUUCUACAACUGCCAAUGCUCCGCUCACAGACGGAUUAACGUCUAGUUUAGUUUGCAAACCUCUGUGCGAGACUUGCACAGGGCAUGCAUCUCAAGAAUCAAGCACAACGAUCAUUGAAGAUGAAGCAUGUGCGUCGUUGGCGCAAUCCCGCAAAGAAAAGUUGCAAUGUUUGAGAAGAAUAUUUUAUAACGCUUAUAGUCACACUGUUGGAUUUCGAAUGAAAGACAAUUCUGAAUCGAGCGGCUUCGGUCAGUUACUCGGUAAUUUUGCCGAAAAAGUAGGCAUUCUUUCUGUUCAACGCACAUCCUUGUGACUAUAACGUCAUUAACUUCCCACAAUGAUGAGUUUAUUGUUAUUGAUCCCUUGAUUCGAUUGAGAAUUUUAUAAAACACUAUACAAUGAAAAUAAAAUAAUUGUACAUUAUCGUU